AGUUCACUGGGGGAGCCAAUAACGUGCCUUUGGAUUUUUAAAUAUAACUGUUUCUCUGAUGAGGAUGUUCCUCUUUGCCAGAUAUUGAUUUUAUAUUACUGAAUUGUGCGAUUUCCUAAUCCUAUAUUUAUAAACGUCUUUCUGAAAUUAACACGCAGUAAAAUGGCUGUGAGAUUGUGCGGUGUUUGGAUCGCCGUGUUGUGUGCGAUUGUUUCGAGAGCCGAGGCUCAAAACUGGCAAGGGCACCUCGCGACUUAUAGUGAGCAAGUGGUGUCAACGUGUUGGAGAUGCCUGUGUCAAUACUCGUGGGGAUGUUCCGCUUGGCGAGAUUACAGCUGUACUGUUUGGGUAACGAAACAACGCUGUGCCGAUGGCUACGAGCACAAUGGAACUUAUAUAUGCAAUAUACCAAUUUGUUCGCCAAGAUGUCUAAACGGUGGCACAUGCAUUGAACCAAACAGGUGUAGAUGUAACGGUCUUGCGAUUGGACCGUUCUGUGGGACUGAAAUCUGCUCACGUGACCGCCCUUGUUAUCCCGGAGACUGCUACGAGAACUCGAACUGUAACUGCACUGAAGGCUUUGACAAGACGACAACUGUUCCCUCGCCUGCAGAUCCCGGCUGCAUGAAAAUUUCUAGCAACAACAAACCCUUUAUCGGAAGAUCAACAACCAUUAUAUCAAACUUCCGGAACACGCGAGAGUUACUUCUUUACUACUUCCUGUUGGAUGCCACAGAUGAGGAUCCACAGAAACGAGUCGUCUGGAGCAACCAGCAGGUUUUCAACUACCUAUCAUUUGAGUUCGAAGCCCGAUACGUGGAGCCGCAAACAAUGCCCGCCAGACCAACAUACGUGCAUGACUUCAAAUACGGAAUCGUAGGUGGAAAAGUGGAUGUAAAGGUGUUCGAUUUCAACAAAGUGAGCGCUGGUCACAGGGGUGCCUACAACUUCACAUGCCCUGUUAUCAGCGUACUUUAUCCCAAGCAACUCAUGAACUGUUCCCUCCCAGACAACCCCUUCAAGACGCUGAUCGAGCAUGGAGACACCAUGGAAGUGACACUGACGGCAUACAGCGGGGGCCAUCGCAAAAUUUUAUUUCCUGAUGGAAAUAUCCGCACUGAGAACAUCACUGGUACCGAGUACACGAAACAGUUGGAGUUCAAGUUUGACUUUGAACCCGCUGUGCACUGUAGUAGUAAGAACUCAACAUUCACAUGUCAGUCCAAUACAAAUGUCCUGAAGGCUACGUCAGAAUUCACUAAGACGCCGAUAGUGUUGCAAUGGAAGGGUUGGGUGGACACGGACAAAUACUCGGCGGGGGUGGGAGCGUACCGCCUGGAACUUCACCGACUAGAGGUCAAGGACGCGACGUUAGAGCUCACGGAGGCUAACCCAACAUUGCCCCUCCUGGAGAAUCGCGUAAACCACACGGGGAAUACUACGGUACAGAACUUGUUCAGUACCACAUUCACACCGCCAGAACCAGGCAUGUACAGCAUCGUAAUGGAGGUGACGGACAACGCCAACAACUCCAUCUUCACUCGUCGGUUCGCCCUGUACGACAACGUAUCUAGCGUGACUACCAACCCUCUCAGUGUGCAUGGUCUGCACGCAACUUCCGCCGCACCGGAAACCGGGUACCGUUGGCAGACGGAAACUAAGUCGAUCAAACUUGACUGGAAGGACUAUUUUGUAAACAAAGUUCAUCACGAGAAGAAGUUCCUGAACAAAAUUAAAAAGUUCCCGACUCUGUUCGACGACCUCGAAUUAAUUGGAAUUCGAAAUGUGAAAAAGUUCGUGUUUGACUCCUACGAUGACACAGAGGGCCUCAGGACAAUGGACGCUAUUCCUAACGUCAAUGGGAUCACGCGAUUUCAGUACGGUUACGUUGUAAACCAGUCCAGUGCGCAAGCCCCUACCGCGUGGAACAAUAUCAGUAGUUCGACGCAGAACAUUGAUGUUGCAGUGUCAACCAGUAACGGAGACACUGUAACGUUAUGGGUUCGUGCGUUCGAUAUACUUGACAAUAUGUUGGAGAAGAAGACAACAGUCAAUAUUGACGCCACGCCACCGCUAAUCGUCACCAGCCCAGCUGAAAACAAAACAUCAACGUUCACGCCAAAUGCUGGACAGGCGGAAGGCGGCUAUUACUAUAGCAGUUACGAGUUUUACGCCCGAGAUGAAGAGAGCGGCGUGUACCAGAUAGACCUGGAUGUUUCCAUCACCAUGGCGGAUAUCGGCGAAGUUCGCAGAUUCCGCCAGGUGGUGAAUGGGAGCAUUGACAAGACCAAGAAGCCAUCUGACCCGGCAUGUGUGCCGUCUAAGGACCCGGACACGUGCUUUCUGGAACGACAGAAAGUCCGCCUGGAAAACUGCUGGUUCCUGGUCCCGAAGAAGGACUACAUCAUCAACGCGGGGGCAACUGUGUCAGUCAGUGUCUUCAAUCAGGCGCGACAAGCGGUCAAUACAAAUUUCCAGAUCAAACAGUUGAACACAUUAAAAGGACUCGAAGUAUAUUCUGGGCCUGAAAACAUCCGUAUCACCAACACGAGGCCAGACAGCUUCCGGAUCCAGUGGGACCUUCCUACAGUCAAAGCAUGCUACGAUAGUUUACCCAUCAUCAUCUAUGUAGCGUUCUCUGAUGACACGCAGCCCAAGGUUUACUAUCUGACCAGCACCACCACCUUCCUGGAUGUCGCGGGUUUGACGCCCAACACGGUGUAUAAGAUCUCCUUCUACGCGCAGCUGAGUUCCAUUAAUAAGACAGACAUCACUGAGGCGUUCGCGCAGAAAUCAGUCAAAACAGAGAAGCCCGACGAGCCAGGCUUGAGCGCAGGUGUGGUGGCCGGUGUCGCAAUCGGCGUCAUCGCUUUUGUGAUCAUAUGCAUCAUCGUGAUGGUGGUGCUGGUGCGAAUGGGCGUCAUCAAGAACCCGGAACCAGUAGCCCGCGUCACUCGUGCCGUCACCAGGCGCUACCGUCAGUCCCGCUACGGCCCAGGCGCAGACAGUGCUCAGCCGCCACACCGGCCGCCGAAGGGUGUGGAGAACCCGAGUUACAGCUCAAACGAGAAACAAAUCAAGCUUUAUGACAACAAUCGCCCUAUGUCGGAGGAUAUCUACCUUCCUGGCGGCGCCGACGUAAACGUCAUUAACGUUCCGCUACUGCGACGUAGCGACAUAACACUCGACAGCAAGAUCACGACGGGCCGUUUUGCGUAUAUUUACAAGGCGACGUUAGAACGCGGAAAAAGCCGAGAGACAGUGGUGGCUAAAACGUUGAAAGAGAAUUUUAACGAUAACGACCGGAACUUGAUGAACACGAAGAUCAAUUUCCUGGGCAACUAUGUCGGCAACCAUCCGAACAUCCUCAAGUUCAUUGCUGCCGUCACCGACGACCACAUGAUUGGCCCCUUCAUUGUUCACGAACACUGCGAAAACGGGACGCUGAAGGACUACCUCGCGAAGCAACAAGGCAACGUAACCAUUCAGCUCCAGGACAACCUCUUCCGGUUUGGACUGGACGUCGCAAAGGGAAUGGAGUACUUGGCAUCCAAAUCGGUUGUUCACCGCCGCUUGGCGGCCCGGAACGUGCUUCUCAACUUCCUGUACGAGGUGAAGAUCACGGGGUUCGGACCGCAGCCGGCCCACAACGAGGAGGGCGGUGUCGCCGAGGAGGAAGAGAACAUACCUAUCAAGUGGGUGGCGCCCGAGUGCAUGAAAUCGACGCGCGACGCCACUGAGAGGAGUGAUGUGUGGUCAUACGCCGUCACACUCUGGGAGAUAUUCUCACUCGGUCAGACGCCGUACGGAAAGAUCCAGAGCCGCGAUGUGCCGACACGCAUCAAGAAAGGUCUGCGUCUCGAGAAACCGGAACAGUGUGACGACACAUGGUAUGCCGUCAUGACGAGAUGCUGGUCGUACGAAGCAAACAGACGUCCGAGUUUCGAGGAAAUCCGCGAGGAGUUGGACAACCUAUUCGCACCGAGGGACGGCGAAAUGGACACCUACUACUACACUAGGCGAUAAUUCAUAAAAGGAGACGAUUUAUUUCUUUCAAAGGGGAAACCUUGUUACAAAAAAGAUCAUUUUCUACAUCAAACAAUAACUUCAUGCAGCCGUCAUAACCAGAUGCAGGUGUCAGCGAUGUAAAAUCAAACGCUGCAAAAAUGAUUCAUCAUUGCACGUGUAACAUUAAAGACAAAUACACAUUUAAAAGAAUAUACAUAUGUCAAAAAAGACGAAACAAAGGAAAUAUAGCUAAUUUAGAUAAAGUUCAAGUUUAACAACAGUUUUUAUCAAUGUUCAUCUUAUUGUGUGUAAACCUAAAAGAACGUAACGUAUUAGUGAGUGCCUGUCUCUAACAUCACAUUUUAAAAUCAUAUUUAACCUUUAUUCUGUAUAUAGUGCAUAUUUUCAAGUUUUAUAUUAUUUUGUGUGUUAUGUUUUUACUUUCUUUAGAUUCAAACUGCAUAUAUCCCAAAAGUAAUGUAAUUCUUUUUAUUUUCUCAAGAUGCCAUUGACUUGUACACUUUUAUCAAUAGUGUAUAGCAAAUUGUCUGACUUUUCUCAAUUUUACAAUAUCGUAUAUUUGUAUGCUUAGUUUAUGACAUUCACCUUUUAAAAUAUAUAUUAUUCAUGCAUAUGAUUAACCUGUUAAUUUGUGUUGUAUAUAUUUUCAAAAAAUAUGAUCCGCCGCAGAAUAGAGUUGUUGGCGUUGCUUUCUUAACAUAAUCAGACCAAAACUUUCAUAGCGGAUGAUAGAACAUAUCUUUCCCAGCAAUAAUUCCCCAUAUGAGACGUCAUCUUCAAUAGAAGACGUUAACUGUUCGUAUAUUUUAAUUUUUAAGUUCUUCAAAAGGUCAGUUAUUCAUGCCAAGUCAUUCAUAAAUGUCACAAUCAUAUAUAUAUAUAUA